AUGGAGACGCAAUCGGAUCCACAAACCUCUUCCUCUUCAGCUAGCUACGUUGUCAACAACGGAUUUGGUCCACCAGGGCCCUCCACCCCUGACCCCGCAGUUCCUACUUGCAUUGCACCCUGUCAUUUUUUGAAAGGUGGUUCUCUUGAGGGUACCGCGUUGCACAAUAACUGCCGUGCAUGCUACGACCACAAUGAAGCUCACCUGGUGGAGGGUGAAGAGCUCGAGAUGACCGAUGUCGAAAUGUUGUCUCAAAGCUCACAGGGUCACAAGAAAGAGCCAGGCAAGUCCACUGCAUUUUUUCAUGACGCAUAUACUGAUAGAUGUUUCGACGAGAAAACCCAAUCUGACCCAAAACCUCUGACCAAAACCCCAAAGGGAAAGGGGCGGGACGGCUGCUAUUAUGUCUGUCCUUUUUACGCGCUUGACUCGGAUCGAUUUUACCACUGCGGAACUUACGGAUUGACUUCCUUCUCCCGAGUGAAAGAACAUAUCGGACGUGAGCAUUACUUCCGGGAAGAACAUCACUACUGUAAGGAUUGCUGCCAAGCAUGGUCAACAAAAAAGGACUCGGACAAUCAUAAGAAAAACUGUCAGUCUUCGGGCAUCAACCAAACUUCGAUACUUUCAAAAGAGCAGUACACCUUUAUUGGCAAAGAGGGCCGUAAAGCUACCGACAAGCAGAAGUGGGGGAAAAUGUGGGAAUAUCUCUUCCCAAACCUUCCUUUGCCAUCCUGUUAUGCCAUCGACCUGGAAUCAAGGGUCAAGAUGUACAUGUGGACAAUCUUCCCAUUCAUGUUCAUUGAGUUGAUGGAAGGAUUGGGUUGUCAUGUCUCAGUGGAAUUUGCAACUCAUUUCGCAAUCACCAUCGUCAACCAACUUUUCCCUUAA